AUGGCGGUUAAGGUCCUCUAUCUCCUGCUCCUUCCGACUUUAUUGUUCCUGCGACUGCCCACAGUGGUCAGCGGGGACUGCUGGCUUAUCGAGGGUGACAAAGGUUACGUUUGGCUGGCAAUUUGCAGUCAGAAUCAGCCUCCAUAUGAAACCAUACCCCAGCACAUCAACAGCACGGUUCAUGACCUAAGGCUGAAUGAGAACAAGCUAAAGGCCGUACUUCUCACCUCCAUGUACCGAUUCACCAAUCUUACUGACCUCAACCUUACAAAAAACGAAAUCAGCUACAUCGAGGAUGGGGCCUUUGCUGGACAGGCCAACCUUCAGGUUCUCCAGCUUGGUUACAAUAAGCUGACCAACCUGACAGAAGGCAUGCUACGAGGCCUGGGUCGGAUGCAGUGCCUCUUCCUUCAACACAAUCUCAUUGAGGUCAUCGCCACCAAUGCCUUCUGGGAGAGCCCCAGCCUCAGUAGCCUGGACCUGUCAUCCAACAAGCUGGCACGCCUGGAUCCGUCCACCUUUUCAAUCCUUAACCGCUUGCUAGUGUGUGAGCUUCCUGGGAAUCCUUUCCACUGCGGUUGUGAGCUCUACAGCUUUCUCACCUGGUUGGAAGCCUUCAAUAAUGUCACGCACACAUACGACCGCCUCCAAUGCGAGACUCCUCGUGAACUCAACGGUUAUCCUCUUCUUGGCCCCUCCUCGGGACAUAAGAGGAAUGCCCGAGUGAUCCUUUCCAAUAGGUGUCAAGAUGGUGUGAUCAUUCCGGGCAUUUCAUCAACAGGACCAGAACUAGACGGCUCUGGCAUGGGUGUGGAUAACCCAGAUCCUGGCCUGUACCCCCAGCCAAACAUUUUGUCAACCCCUGACCCUACCUACAACCACCAGUUCUCAAUGAAACUCCAGACCGUGUCACUCUUCAGCGCAGUUGUGGUGGUGCAGAUACCCCGACCCUACAGCAAAAUGUACGUCAUGUCGCAGUACAACCAAACCUUUGUGACGGACGUCAUGCCACUGAAGAACAAGAAGGAGGUGGUAACGUUGGAUAAACUGCGGCCGCACACCAAUUACACCUACUGUGUUGCCUCUGUUGGAAAAUCUCAGCGCUACAACCACACUUGCCUGUCAUUCACCACACGGGCUGUGGGACUAGCGGACCAUCGCAGCAACCCGUCCACCACCACACACUACAUCAUGACUAUUCUGGGAUGUCUCUUUGGAAUGGUCAUCGUCCUGGGCUGUGUCUACUAUUGCCUCAGACGGCGACGUAUCCAGGAGGAGAAAGAGAAAGCAUUGAGUGUGAAAAAAACAAUUCUGGAAAUGAGGUAUGGACCGGAGGCGGCAGCGGCGGUGGCCAACGACCCGGCUGCAAUGCAGCGGCUCCAAGAUCAGGCCCACCACCAGCACCACCAUGGAGGGGCAGCAGGCAGCAAGCUCCCCCCAUCAGCCUCUUCUAGUACAGGAAUGCUCCACGGCUCAGCCAACACCACUUCUUCCCGCCUCUCCAGUUUACCUCAGAUGGAGAAGAUGGCCAGUGCCUUUUCUGAGGCCAUGGGUGCCAAGGGGAGCUACAUGGAUGUGAGGACAGCAGGGGUAGCCGGGGAAGGACGAGACGGGGAAAUGGUAUCGGUGGGUGCAGGUGGGGAGGUUGUUUUGGAUAUGCGAGGUGGCGGAACUGAAAAGGGGGUAGACAUAGCGGAGGAUUCGGAUGACGAUGGACGUGGCUCGGCAUCCGAGAUCUCUACUAUUGCCAAGGAGGUAGACAAGGUAAACCAGAUCAUCAACAACUGCAUUGAUGCUCUCAAACUGGACGCCUCCGCUAAUGUGGAGAAUGCUAAUGUCCUGACCUCUCCGCAACCUCCUGUUUGCAUGGCGUCCCAGCCGCGUAACCUUCUGCCCCUCGGUCAAGAAGAUCAAAUCAUGGCCUCUUCCCCAAAGCUGCACCAGAAGCCUCUUCCUCCCUCCAUGGCUCCAGUGCCCCUGGUGAUGCCACUGUCAGAGCGGCCAGGUAUCAGUGGCGGGGGGUUCCUUUCUCCUCCAUACCGUGACCCACCGCCUGCCAACGCGGUGCGCCCCCUUCAGAGGCAAUCUAGUGCCGACACCGCUGUGACCAAGAACCGUUGCGGACCCUCUGCUGCUGGGGGAACGGUGAAGAGCGGCCGGGUGUUCAGCGUGGAUGUUGCUGAGAAGCGUUGUGACCCACCCAAGUACCCAUCAGAAAGAAGCAGCCCAGUGGGUAGUGGAGUAGGGGGCUGUAACGGCAUGGGGAGCAUAAAUGGGGGUGGUGGUGUAAGCAUUAAUGGCGGUGGCAUGACAUGUAGUAAUGGAAGUGGAGGUCGAGGUGGGGCGUCUGCUCAUGGUCUGCAACAGCAUCAACACCAUCUGGAGGUUCAACCUGAUUACCACAGCUCAGAACACCGUCAUUCCUUCCCCGCACUCUACUAUGAGGGUGGCAGUGAGUCACCCUCACCUGGCCAGAAGGCGUCCUUCCUUAAACCACUAGGACGCUCUAAGAGGGAUUCCACAGCCUACUCGCAGCUGUCACCUGCCCGCCAUCAUCACCACUACAACUCGGGGUACUCCUCCAGUCCCGAGUACUCGUCAGAAAGCACACUGCGAAUCUGGGAGCGAUUUCGCCCAUACAAGAAGAACCCCCGAGAGGAGGCUUCCUACAUCGCGGCGGGUCACGCCCUCCGUAAGAAGGUGCAGUUUGCCAAGGACGAGGACCUUCAUGACAUUUUGGACUAUUGGAAGGGUGUUUCCGCCCAGCAGAAGCUGUAA